GAAAGGCGGAAGAGUAUCUGAAUGAAGUUAAAGUUGUAUAUCAAAACGCUCCGUGAGCCCUUCGUGAGGAUUCCUGAUAUUGUCGGUCUCAAUUAUAAACAGUAUAAUUAUUCCUACAGUCAGUAUGGUUCAUGUCUUUAUGUACGGCACACUAAAGAAAGGCCAGUCAAACCACUACAAACUCUUGAACUCUGACAAUGGUCAAGCUGAGUUCAUCACCUGCGCCCGAACCAUAGACAAAUACCCGCUGGUGAUCGCUGGUAAACGCAAUGUCCCCUUUCUGCUGAAUGUGCCCGGCUCUGGACAUCGGGUCUACGGUGAGAUCUACAGGGUUGACCAGAAGAUGCUGAAGUACCUGGACUGGUUUAAUAAAUGUCCAGAGUGGUACCAGCGCACCUCCAUCCAGCUGGAGAUCCUGAAGAAGAAUGAAGAGUCUGGAGGAGUUGAGGAGGCUUUUGUUUACAGCACUAUUAAAUAUGAACCAGGCUGGCUCCACAAGCCCACAUAUGAAAGUUAUGAUGCCAACGGUGAUCAUGGACUGAAAUUUGUGCCUCGAGAUGAUUAACCAAUUAAUGUAAAUUUUUAGUUAAAAAAACACCCAUGCACAAUGGGUCAAAAUUACUACAGGUGCAAAUAUUACUUGUCAACCAAAUUGCAUAAGUUGUGUUGCUUUUUGAAGUUGUCUCAUGUUUGAGUAAUUAAUGCAAGUAAAUAUUCAAAUGUUUGCGAUAUUUUUAUUCUGUAAUAUAAAUGAUACUUAAAUAUGUGUUUUAAUAGAACUUGAGGAGCACACACACACAUAAACACCAACAUAGACAAGCGAUUCUUCCUAUAAGAAUGUUAAAAGCAUCACAAGGUCAUGU